GUCGCCGUUAACAUCAACAAACAUAUCGGUUGAUGGGAUCGCGUCACGGUUAAUUUUUAUGAAUUUUGUCAAGUGACAGCCGACUCUUAAACAUGGCCGAGAGCACUGAUUGGAGUUCCAUCAUGAUGACGGCCGAGAAGUUGCAGGCGAACGCGAUCACCGACACCGGAAUGCCGAGUGUCACUCGUAACAUCCGCCAGCUAUUGGACGCUGCGGAAAACUUGUGGACAAAAGUCGGUGUCCCGGGCGUCGAGGCCAAAGGCAAUGUGUUCUUCUGCAGUCGCGGUGUAGACGCUCCGCAGGUGCCCAAACAGUUGGAGCGGCUGAGUUCGAUGGCUUCGCUGGACACAUUGGACCCGAAGCCCGACAUGGACGUGGACAGCUUCGUGAAGAAUGAAGUGCAGAAUGCCAUACUCAGCCUUAUAGAGUCUGUCAAAAAGAGCAACGAAAACUUAAUAGACAGGAGACAGAACGAUACCACAAUAAAGAAUUGGAGGAACAAAAAAAUCAACAUCAUCAACUCGUUUCCAGGAUACGUGCCAAACUCUUCCAGUCCUGGUUCCAAUACAAUGCCUUCCAUUACCAAAUUCAACUCGACCAAUUUCGGUCUGAAUGCUCAAUUGGAUCAAAACGAACUGACAUAUGCUAAACAUCUAUGCGAAUACAACCAACAUGUAGAAAACCAUGGUAUUCAAACUGACAUUUUGCAGUCCUUCAAAGCGGCUUCAGAAAUUGCUCACGAUGAUCGUGUGAGUGAAAUGUGGAAGAUAGUAAAGUGCAUGAGUCAAAUUGUACCUGAACAUAGUUCCAAAUUUGUGAGGGGCUCAAUAAUCAAUCAAAACAUUAUGAUUAAAAAUGCCAGGUCUUAUUUAGAACAAAGGUAUAUUGUAUUUAUGAAAAACUAUAUAAAAAGCCAUUUAUCCAAAGCAAAAGUAGGUGGUAUUCCAGGUACAUAUCCACUUGUACGUAGUUUUGUGAGUGUCUACAUCAAUCAGUACAAUAAUCCUGAUCAGCUAUUUUAUGAAAAUCUUCCUUUUUGGCCAUUAGUGUACUAUUUGAUUCGUUGUGGUGAUUUAGAAUCUGUAGUUCGUAUUUUAGAAAAAAAUAACCUAGAUCCAGUAUUAUUGAGCAUUUUUAAUAGCAUUAAAAACAAUCAUGAUUACAUAAAUCUUAGUGAUCAAGGAUUCAAUUCAUCAAUGGCAUGGGAUUCCAACGAUCCGUUCAAAAGAGUAGUUUAUUCAUUAGUUGCUGCUAUUGAUGUAACAAGUAAACAUUCAGAUGUGAUUAAGACUGCAGAUGAUUACCUAUGGUUAAAACUUUGUCAAGUCAGAAACAGUCAAGAUAAACUUACGUAUUCCAUGCUUCAAACAAUGAUUUAUGAAGAAUACAAAGACCAAUUCAGUGAUGUUCAGCCUAUGUCAUAUUUCCAAUUGCUAUUCUUGACUGGUCAAUUUGAAUCAGCUAUUCAGUUUAUAUUUCGUCACCCUAAACUUCGUUCCCAUGCUAUACAUAUAGCUAUAGCUUUAAAUGAAAUGGGCUUACUGUAUUUGUCUGAUGAUGUUGAUCAACCAAUUUUAUCUAAAGAUGAUAACAAAAUAGACAGAUUAAAUUUAGCCAGAAUAAUGAAAAUAUACUGCGCCAAGUUUGAAAAUCAAGACCUUAAAAUGGCUAUUAACUACUACUAUUGCCUAAGACAUACUGAAUAUGAAGGUACUACACUUUUUGUUUCAUUCGUUGCUGGUCUAGUAAUAGAAACUGAGGAAUAUAACAAAGUUUUUGGAUAUCUGAAGCCAGAUGGUAGUAAACAAAAUGGUAUUUUGGAUUCGUUUAUUGUAUCGGAUUUAGUGAAAAUGGAGGUUAUUAAAAAAGCAGCUAUACUUGCAGAACAAAAAUGUGAUCUUGAAAUAUCAGCUAAAUUGUACGAAUUGGUAAAUCAAUAUGACAAAGUAAUUGAAUUAGCAAAUAUUUUGUUGAGCCGGGUCAUUCAACCAGAUACCUUCACACCACUAGAUAAAACUCCCAACUUGAAAAAUAAAGUUUUCGAAUUUGCCGAACAACUGAGUCAGCGGUUAAACGGAGUAGAAAUCAAUGCAUCCGAAGAAGCAAUUUUCACUUUUAACAUGUUAAAAAGUAUUUUUGUAUUUUUUGAACGUUACAAUAAUCACAAAUACACAUUGGCUUUUGAUAUCCUACAAACAAUUGGUUUGAUACCACUGUCUGUUGAUCAAGUAGAAGAACGGUUAAGUGCUUUCAAAAAGUACGAUGAAUUAAUAUUAAGAAUUAUUCCUGGAGUGUUGACAGCCUCAAUGAACAUGUUGUACUCACAAUAUAGUGAAAUUAAGAGGGAAGAAGAAUCAAACAAAAAUUCUAGGAAUCCAGAACAAAGACAGGCACACUUAGAAUACAUCAGGGAAAGAGCAAAAGCCAUCACAUCGUUUACAGGUCGUGUACCAUUUCAAAUAAACUCUGAAGUCAUCAAUCAUUUAGUACAAACUGAAAUUUUAUUAUAUUAAUUAUUCAACAUUUGUAUAACUGUGUUAAAAAAAUAUGUGUUCCA